AUGGCAGCGCUACCAUUGCUCAGCCACAUUGUCUUGAGUGCGGACUCUGUCACUGGAACCAUCUACCGCACCAAUACGCGCACUGGCAAAGUGGAAACUGCCUUCAAGGACCCAAAGUUGGCGCCCAAGGCCAACCCGGAUCCAUUUCUGGCGCUUCUUGGUGUCAAUGGCCUGAAGACGUACAAAGAAUACCUGUAUGUGACGAGCACAUCUGCGCAGUUCCUGGGACGAUACAAGAUUGAUGCGCUUGGAAAUCCUCUGAGCGCGCUGGAGAUUCUUGCGACCUACGACACUCCUCGAAGCCCAGACGAUUUUGCGGUUGCGAGAAACGGAUCGGUAUUCGGCGCGGUCCCGCUGGACAGCGUCUCCAAGGCCACUCCCAACCGCCCAAAGUACGAUGUGUCCUUCAUCGUCGAUCAUAAUCAAGACUUUCAGCGGCCAACGUCUGCCAUAUUGAGCCUGGAUGAAAAGACAGUAUAUGUAACUACGGGAGGCAGAAAUGAGGAGGGUGAGAAGGGUGGUCAAAUAUUUGCCGUCCGCUUGACGUAG